AAGUUUGUGUAAAGACUCGAAUUUGACAUAUAAUUAAAAAUAAAUUUCCAGAGUUAUUAACAAAGAUAUCAAUCAUAGUUUAUUCUUUAAACGUCUAAAUUUUUUUAAACUCGAGACUUAUCGACCUUUUCCAUAUUUAUUUUAAACGUGACGUUUUUAAGAUUGAAGAAUCGUCACUGUAUAUAAUUAAAAUUCGUGUCGAGAUUCCAUUCCAUAAAUUAUGAUGUUAAACGCGCCUCGUGUAGUUCCUCAGCAUCUGCUAGACCGCACAUCACUCGCUUUUCCCCUCUCCCGCGCUAUUCAACGAUCACUUUCUUCGAGAUCGCUUCGUACCGAAGGAUCCGCUCUUCGCGUCGCGCUAAUCCUACUCGAGGAUCGAUUGGCGUCGCCGAAGCCAGUCAGGCUAUGCGGAUUCAUAGAUCAUAGUGAUCGGUGUGGUGAUCCAGCGCGGAUAUUCUCGAUUUCGCUGGUGAUGUAUCGUUUUCGCAGUGAUUUGCUUGUUCUGCUGGUGGUCGUUCUAGCGGAGGCACAGUGUGCCAUGAUAAGAAUUAUCCGAGAGGAUCAUUUUACGUCACAGAGGCAGCCGCGAUCGAUUGUCUCGCCGAAGGUCCAUCAGCCGCGGGACGGCGGCGUCUCGUUGUCGACGACCACCACCACCACCGGCCGCAUCUUCAACGGCAAGCCCAGCCGGAGGGGCGCGUGGCCCUGGCAGGUGUCCCUUCAGCUGUUGCACCCGAAACUGGGCUUCAUAGGCCACUGGUGCGGCGGUGUGCUGAUCGACCCCAAGUGGGUGAUCACCGCCGCGCACUGCAUUCACAACGAACUGUUCAAUUUGCCCAUCGGUGCGCUAUGGACGGCGGUGGUCGGCGAAUGGGAAUUGGACUCAGGAGGACGCGGAUCCGCACGCCUGCCCGUCGAGAAAGUGAUCCUCCACGAGAGAUUCAAUAAUUACGUGCACGACAUAGCCUUGUUGAAACUCGCCAGGCCGGCGCCUCUGUCCAAGGUCGUCCGCACUAUCUGCCUACCCGGGCCCGGGCAGGAGCUCAGCGGCGGUCAUGCACAAUGUGUGACCUCCGGCUGGGGCCGAUACGGUCCCUCGCCCUCGCUCUCCACCGCACUUUUGGAGGCCAGUGUCCCGCUUCUGAAUUUGGAGGAGUGCCUGCAGGCUUACGGUACCUCGGUGCCCAUUAGAAAGGGCCACCUCUGCGCCGGUCAGAUCGACGGCUCCUCCGGAAGCUGCGUGGGUGACUCCGGAGGACCUCUGCAGUGUCGUCGUACCGAUGGCGCUUGGCAGCUAGUCGGCGUCACGUCUUUUGGAUCCGGUUGCGCCAGGCCGGGCUAUCCGGACGUGUACACCAAGAUACAGCAUUAUUUGCACUGGAUCAACAAGACGAUCGACGCCAACGACGAGGAACGAUGA